CUCUGUGAGUUAUGUUAUUGUUCUCAUUUUCAUGUUGAUUCAUAAAUUUUGCGAUUGCGAAUAAAGUUUUUCUGUAUUUAUAUUAAUUUCUGGAUUGUUUCUUGGAAAAUCAUUAACACUUUGUAUUAAUUGCAAUCAACAUGUCCAAAAUAUUUACGCCAACGAAUCAAAUUCGUCUCACAAACGUUGCUAUGGUUAGGCUGAAAAAGGGUGGUAAAAGAUUUGAAAUAGCAUGCUACAGGAAUAAAGUAGUAUCAUGGAGGAAUAAAGUUGAAACGGAUAUUGAUGAAGUCCUACAGACCCACACUGUCUUCACAAACGUGUCUAAAGGCCAAGUUGCAAAAAAGGAAGAUCUUUUGAAAAUCUUUGGCAAGGAUGAUCAAACUGAGAUCUGCAAAGAAAUUUUGGAAAAAGGUGAACUUCAAGUUUCAGAUAAAGAGAGACAUUCUCAGAUUGACUCCUUAUUCAAGGACAUAGCCACCACAGUUGCAGACAAAUGUGUCAAUCCCGAAACUAAGAGACCUUAUCCUGUCUCCAUUAUAGAAAAAGCCAUGAAAGACAUACACUUCUCUAUAAAUGUAAACAGGAAUGCUAAACAACAAGCGCUGGAUGUCAUUCAGCUGUUGAAAAAAGAAAUACCUCUAGAAAGAGCUCAAAUGAGAGUCAGGAUUACAUUAAAUGGUAAAGAAGCCAGGAAAACUCGGGAUAAAGUCGUAAAAUUAGCCAUGAGUGUUGAGGAGGAGAACUGGGAAGCCGGUGCAGCCAAUAUAGUGUGCCUCAUCGACCCUGGCAACUUCAGGGUGUUGGAUGAAAUGAUAAGGGCUGAAACUAAAGGCAAUGGACAGUUUGAGUUGCUAAACCUGAAGGAAAUGGUAGAAGGAGAACAAGCAUUGUAAUUUAAUUCAUUGUUAAGAAAAUAUACCUGUUUUUUAUUUCAUUAUUUAAAAUAAAAUGUUUUACAAGC